AUGAAACGCCGGUCCAUCUUUGACAACGAGGCGUACGCACACUGCACUGCGGUUGCCGCAUUCGUACCAGACGGAGCACAAGUAAAACUCGCGUACAGGGGGAGCAGUGUUGGCAUGAGUGCGGACGGAAGACAUGUGAUGUCUGCACCCUGGGACGAGACUAUGAGUGUGUGGGACGUGGAUAGAGGGAUCACACUUCGUAGCGGGUGGGCAGAGGGCUGGCAAGACAUCACGGAUCGAAUUAUGUGGACCGCAGACAUGGGCACUGUCUCAUAUACAGGAUAA